AUGGCGGAUAAAGCUCAAGCACGCGGCGGACGUCGGACAGUUAUACUCGUCGCUGUUUUUGUGGCGCUUGUAUGUGUUGCGGUCGGAAUGAUCGUAUGGGCAACAACGAGAAAAAGUAACGAAAAAGACGAUUCGGCUGAAGAGUUGUCAUGGAAGGUUGGUAAUGCUGAUCUUCGGAGAAAUACCCAAACAUAUUAUCUCUUCAAUGGACUGAGUGUGAAAUUCAACGGACAACUUGGCGUGAAUCAGUCACUUGGAAUACCUCGGGACUGUACACAAGAUGUAAAGAUGGACUUGUGCCUCGACUGGGACAAAGACCGGAAGCUCGAAAUAGUACACAGUCAGACAGGAGAAGUUUCUUGUUACGAUAUUGAAUGGACAGCGAAAAUGUGCCCCGGUCAGAUUCUAAAGGAUUGUUAUGAUAUAGGCGCGAGUCACUGGUACGGAGGCUACGAAGAUUAUCACCAAUACUGGCCUCUCGAACGGACAACUCGGGAAACCUCGGCUUACGUCCCUACAGACACAUACAUGGAUAAGAUUGGUGAUGUCGUCGACAGGUAUUUCAUCUCAACAGACGGUAUUGGGAUAUUUAUCGAGAAGGACGUUCCUUUGUUCAUCAGUAUCAAUGAAACACACGACAAGAGAAUUUGUCUGACGUCAACCUAUAACGGAAUUUACCCAUAUGUUAACACUCAAGGGAAAUUACCAUUCCUCAAAUACCAUGUCUGCCAGGCCCUAAAUGUUCGCACGAUUCAUGAUUACAUGUCUAAUAGGUUUCGAAGCAAACCUUUGGAUAUUCCUGAUGAACAAAUCUUCAAGUAUCCUAUAUGGUCAACUUGGGCACAAUAUCAUACCGACAUUAAUCAAACGACAACUCUACAAUUUGCUGAUGACAUCCUCAACAACAACCUUUCUCACUCACAAUUAGAAAUCGACGAUAACUGGACACCUAAAUACGGCGAUAUGACCUUUGACAUGUCGAAAUUUCCAGACGCUAGAGGCAUGAUGGAAGACCUCACAAACAAAGGUUUCCGGGUAACGAUAUGGAUUCAUCCAUUUUUUAAUAUUGAUUCUGAAAAUUUCAAAAUUGGGGCAUUAAAGAAAUAUUUUCUCCGUCAGGUGGGGAGCGACCUUCCGGCUCUGGUGUCUUGGUGGCGGGGAAAUGCUGCCGCUGUGCUUGAUGUUUCGAAUCCUGAAGCCGUUGUUUGGUUCUUAGGAUUUCUCAACCAAUUACAGACCGAGUACAAUAUAAGUUCAUUUAAAUUUGACGGCGGCAAUGGUAACGCGAUUCCUAAAGUGUUUGUUUUUCAGAAUAACGACAGCAAUCCUUAUGUAUAUGCCGAAUUGUGGUCGCGUCUAGCGUAUCAGUCCGACACCAUUGUUCGGCACCAAGAAGUACGUGUUGGGGCGAGUACACAGGAUCUUCCAAUGUUUGUUAGGGUAUUGGAUCUCACUUCUUCUUGGGGUCGGAACAACGGUCUAGAAAAGCUUAUCCCGGUUGCUAUGACGUUCGGUCUUCUUGGAUAUCCAUAUGUUUUACCAGAUAUGAUCGGUGGAAAUGGAUACAUUGGACUUCCGGAUCGGGAAUUGUAUAUCCGAUGGCUUCAAGCCAACACAUUCCUUCCUGCCAUGCAGUUUUCGAUCGGUCCUUGGCUAUUUGACGAAGCAGUUGUUAAUAUUUCUCGUGAAUAUAUUGACCUACAUUCAAAGUACGCUGAAGUCUUUAUCAGUCUUGCACGUGAAGCUACAAGAACCGGUGCCCCAAUUAUCAGACCGUUAUGGUGGGUUGCACCUGGUGACGAGAACGCACAAACAAUAGACUCCGAGUUUCUUCUUGGCAACGAUAUUCUUGUCGCUCCCAUUUUGAAGAAAGGGGCCCGCCAUAGGGAUAUCUAUCUGGUUGAAGGGGCGUGGCAGGAUAUGCUAAGGGGCUCGGUCUUGCAGCAAGGUUGGAUACGAGAUUACGCUGCAGACAUACACGAGCUGCCGUACUUUAUUAGAUUAAAUGGUUCCGUUGCCACCAGUUAA